CGCCGCAGAUGGGGGCGUCUCCCGGUCCUGUCGGCCGCAAGGCGCAGAACCGCAGGCGCUCGCCGGGCUAAGCCUGCGCGGGGACGCCUAGCUCGCUCACAGUUCGGCAGGCGGCCUCCGGGUCCCGACCACUGCGCCCGCGGCCCUGGGCGAGAAUAGAGGCUGGACUCGGGGUUCGGCGGCCGGCGCCGCUCUCGGAAGAUGGCAACCUGUGCAUGGCUCGUCCUGGGAGGAGCUGGCUUCAGUCAUCACGAUGCCUAAGAAUCGAGUGUGACAUUUCUCCAGGCACUUCAUGGUGUUCUCCUCCAUCCUCUCCACAUCGCUGCUCUGGGUGGCUCCUGAAACAUGGGGGAGAAUGAGGAUGAGAAGCAGACCCAGGCCGGGCAGAUAUUCGAGAACUUUGUCCAAGCUUCCACAUGCAAAGGUACCCUUCAGGCCUUCAACAUCCUCACCCGACACCUGGACCUAGACCCUCUGGACCACAGAAACUUUUAUUCCAAGCUCAAGUCCAAAGUGACCACCUGGAAGGCCAAGGCCCUGUGGUACAAACUUGACAAGCGUGGGUCCCACAAAGAGUAUAAGCGAGGAAAGUCUUGUAUGAACACCAAGUGUCUCAUCAUUGGGGGAGGACCAUGUGGUCUGCGUACUGCCAUUGAACUUGCCUACCUGGGGGCCAAAGUGGUCGUGGUGGAGAAGAGGGACACUUUCUCCCGGAACAACGUGCUGCACCUCUGGCCUUUCACCAUCCAUGACCUGCGAGGCCUGGGAGCCAAGAAGUUCUAUGGGAAGUUUUGUGCCGGUUCCAUCGACCAUAUCAGUAUUCGUCAGUUGCAGCUCAUCCUGUUCAAGGUGGCCUUGAUAUUGGGGGUUGAAAUCCAUGUGAAUGUGGAGUUUGUGAAGGUUCUAGAGCCUCCUGAAGAUCAAGAAAAUCAAAAAAUUGGCUGGCGGGCAGAAUUUCUCCCUGUAGAUCACUCUCUGUCGGAAUUUGAGUUUGAUGUCAUCAUUGGCGCGGAUGGCCGCAGGAACACACUGGAAGGGUUCAGAAGAAAAGAAUUCCGUGGGAAGCUGGCUAUUGCAAUCACUGCCAACUUCAUCAACAGAAACAGCACAGCUGAGGCUAAGGUGGAAGAGAUUAGCGGUGUGGCUUUCAUCUUCAAUCAGAAAUUUUUUCAGGAUCUUAAAGAAGAAACAGGGAUUGAUCUUGAGAACAUUGUUUACUACAAGGACUGCACCCACUAUUUUGUCAUGACCGCCAAGAAGCAGAGCUUGCUUGACAAAGGUGUCAUCAUUAAUGACUAUAUCGACACAGAGAUGCUGCUGUGCACGGAGAAUGUGAACCAGGACAACCUGCUUUCCUACGCACGCGAGGCUGCAGACUUCGCCACCAAUUACCAGCUGCCAUCUUUAGACUUUGCCAUGAACCAUUACGGGCAGCCCGACGUGGCCAUGUUCGACUUCACCUCCAUGUACGCCUCCGAGAAUGCGGCCUUGGUGCGCGAGCGGCAGUCACACCAGCUGCUCGUGGCCCUCGUGGGUGACAGCUUGCUUGAGCCAUUCUGGCCCAUGGGCACUGGCUGUGCCCGUGGCUUCCUGGCAGCCUUUGACACUGCAUGGAUGGUGAAAAGCUGGGACCAGGGCACUUCUCCCCUGGAGCUUCUGGCUGAAAGAGAAAGUCUUUACCGACUGUUACCUCAAACGACCCCAGAGAACAUCAACAAGAACUUUGAGCAGUACACAUUAGACCCGGUGACACGGUACCCAAACCUCAACUCAAACUACGUCAAGCCGAAUCAGGUGAAGCAUUUGUACAUUACUAAGGAGCUGCACCAGUAUCCUCUUGAGAGGCUGGGCUCAAUGAGGAGAUCUGUCGGCCUCUCUAGGCGAGAGUCAGACAUCAGGCCCAGCAAGCUCUUAACCUGGUGCCAGCAGCAGACCGAGGGCUACCAGCAUGUCAAUGUCACCGACCUGACCACAUCCUGGCGGAGUGGCCUGGCCCUGUGCGCCAUCAUCCACCACUUCCGGCCGGACCUAAUCAACUUUGACUCUUUGAAUGAAGACAACGCUGUGGAGAACAACCAGCUGGCAUUUGACGUGGCAGAGCGUGAGUUUGGCAUCCCCCCAGUGACCACAGGCAAAGAGAUGGCAUCGGUCCAGGAGCCCGACAAGCUCAGUAUGGUCAUGUACCUCUCCAAGUUCUACGAGCUCUUCCGGGGCACCCCUCUGAGGCCUGUGGAUUCUUGGCGUAAAAACUAUGAAGAGAAUGCUGACCUCGGCUUGGCCAAGUCAUCCAUUCCUCAUCACUAUCUCAACCUCACGUUUCCGAGGAAGAGGACUCCGCGAGUGGACAGUCGAACCGAAGAAAAUGACAUGAACAAGCGGAGGCGGAAGGGCUUCAACAACCUGCACGAGCCUUCAGCCUUUUCCAGCCAGAGCUUGGGCUCCAAUCAAGAGGGCAUUAAGGAAGGUGGAAAUCAGAACAAAGUCAAGUCCAUGGCAAGUCAGCUGCUGGCCAAGUUCGAGGAGAGCUCAAGGAACCCCUCAAUCCUGAGGCAGGAGCACCGUGUCUCAGGGAUAGGUAAGCCUAUACUGCGCUCUUCCUCUGACCCUCCUGUUAACUCUCGCUGUCCCAAGCCGGAGGAGCCCACGCCCAGCCCAUCACCACCUCUGAAAAGGCAGUUCCCCUCCGUGGUUGUGACUGGACACGUGCUCCGAGAGCUAAAGCAAGUGUCUGCUGGUGGCGAGUGUCCAGCCAGGCCCUGGAGAGCCCGAGCCAAGUCUGACCUGCAGCUGGGCGGGCCAGAAAACCUCGCCAGCCUGCCUCCCACCUGCCCGGGAGCGCUGGCCCUCUCUGGGGUGCUGCGGCGGCUGCAGCAAGUGGAGGAAAAGGUUCUCCAGAAAAGGGCCCAGAACUUGGCCAACAGGGAAUUUCACAAAAAGAACAUUAAGGAGAAGGCGGCUCACCUUGCCUCCAUGUUUGGACACGGGGAUUUCCCACAGAAUAAACUCCUCUCUAAAAGCCUGUCUCAUACUCAUCCUCCGUCUUCUCCCUCCUGCCUUCCAUCUCCUGAUUCAGCUGCUACUUCCUCUCCAUCAACUGUUGACUCUGUUUCUCCUGCCAGAAAGGCAAAGAAGUCACCUUCAGGUUCCCAUUUCCAACCCAGCCACUUAAGAACAUUGCGGCCUCAGCUGACAGUAGGGAAAGUAUCCAGCGGAAUAGGGGCUGCAGCUGAAGUUCUGGUCAAUCUGUACUUGAAUGAUCACAGACCUAAGACUCAGGCCACCUCUCCAGACCUGGAGUCCGUUCGGAAGACGUUUCCCCUGAACGUGGGUGGCAGCGACACCUGUUACUUCUGCAAGAAGCGCGUGUACGUCAUGGAGCGGCUGAGCGCGGAGGGCCAUUUCUUCCACCGCGAGUGUUUCCGCUGCAGCGUCUGCGCCACCACCUUGCGCCUGGCCGCCUACGCCUUCGAUGUUGACGAAGGCAAGUUUUUCUGCAAGUCUCAUUUCAUUCACUGUAAGACCAACAGCCAGCAACGGAAGAGACGGGCAGAGUUGAAGCAACAAAAAGAGGAGGAGGGGAUGUGGAAAGAUCAAGAAGCCGUUCGGCGAGACCCUCCCGCGGAAAGUUCUUGUGCCGCCGCUGCCAUCGCCACGCCGGAAGGCAGCCCCCCAGAUGAGCCGACCUCCCCCAAGAAGCCCAAGAGCGUCCCGGAGCCCGAGCCUGGGGACGUGGCAGGGGGAGCCGCCUCCCCCCUGCCCUCUGAGUGGACCGCAGUGAGAAUCGGCCCUGGGGAGGAUGUAGUUGGACAGGACGUGCUGGCCGUACGCGUCCUGGUCACCAGCGAUGACAGCAGCUCCGAUGCAGAGCUGGACCAUGGUGACAGUGAGGCCUCCAAUGCGGAGCCCUCUGACGAAAGACCCCAGCGACCGGAACUCCAGCUCCCACCCCUCCUGAAGCCCCUCACCCGGCACAGCUCCCUGAGGGAGGCCCUGCCCAGGGCAGUGUCUCCACACAACCUCGGGGAGCCCGAAGCUGAGCCUGCUCUGCAGCGGGCCAAUAGCUUCCAGUGUCCAGCUCCCAGCGAAUACCAGAGUGGGAGAAGAUUCCAGUCCAAUUUCAUACCAGUGAACAGCAAAAUGACCGUGUCGCCUCCAAAGCAAGCUUGUCCUCCCCCGCCUUCUCCUUCUCCACCCUCUUCUUCCUCAAUUGGUGACCUGAAUGCCUUGGACAGUCCCUCCCUGUCUCAGGUGACAGUUUCCAACACCGCCUCACAAAUCUCCAGAGGUCACUUCAGUCCAUCCACCCCCAUCUUUCUGAGGCGUGCCAAAGCCCAUGGACCACCCAAGGAUCUCCCCCUGUGUCUGCCUCUUGGGCAUGUACUGGAGCGGACAGAAUACUGCCUGUUGAGGCCUGGUGGAAACAGCCUCCAGAGCUCCAGGCCACCCAGCCCUGCAGAGAUGGCUUCUGAUGGGUGUCAGGAGGCAGUGGCCCCUCCUAGGGACAUCAGAAGCAUCCACAGAGGCCCACACCCCGUUGAAGGGAAGGACAGGUGCUUGCCAGACCACCCACUGUCUCCCUGGGCUGGAGAGGAGCCUGGAGAAGGGAGUACCAGACCCAGGAGGGUAGAGGAUGGUGGGUUAGAGCUGGCAGAGGAGAAGUCAGGCCUAAAGAAGUUGGUUCUCACUCCGGAGCAGAAGACUUGGUUGUUGGAUUGGAAUGACUCCAACCUUGAGAACUUGCACCUGGAAACCGGAGCACGACUUUCCCAAAAGAGCACUAGAAAUGGUACAGGAGGCCAUGUGCUGAAACCAGUCUGCCCCUUGCUGCUUCCUCUGGCAGAGAAAGACACCUUGCCAGCCCAGAUACAGUCUCAGGAGAAGAUGGGGGCCCCAGCUGAACGGGCUCCUGGGGAGCGAAGCGUGGCCCCACCCAAGUCUCCACUGCGGCUCAUAGCCAACGCCAUCCGGAGGUCCCUGGAGCCGCUCCUCCCCAACUCUGACAGUGGGAGGAAGGCCUGGGCCAAGCCAGAGUCAAAGACUUUGCCCACCAGCCCACCUCAUGCUUACACUCGCUCAUUCAGCUUUCGGAAAAGCAGCUCCAGUAAAGACAGCGAUCAGCCAUCCCCCAAGAGAGACGUGGCAAGCAAGGCCUCAGCCUUCUUCUCCCUGGGCUCCCCGACUGCAAGGACUGCCCAGCCCUCAGCCCCGAGCCCUCCUGCCCCCGCCCUUUGCACCCACAGUUUGCCCAGCCGGUCAUCCAAGGUGUUUCCUGCACUUGUGCCCCCACUCUGUGGCAAGAUGGAAGAUGUCCCCACACUCCUGGAGAAAGUGAGUUUGCAGGAGACAGUCCCAGAUGCUUCCAGGGUUCCCAAAAAAAGGACCUCACUCUUCUCCUCCUUCAGACUCAAAGACAAAUCUUUCGAGAGUUCCCUCCAAGAAUCUGGACCAAGAAAGGACUCCCAAGACCUCUUCAGCAGCCCCAAGGGGAAGGUGCAGCCCAUGGGCAAUGCCCAGCCCCCAGAGAAGCAGGGGCAGCCAGUCAGUAGCACCUGCCUGGGGCAGAGGGUCCGUCCUCUUUCUCCAGAGAAAGAUGCAAGUCCCACUCACGUCCCCAUCAGAGCGCAGGGGACAGGGACUGUCUCUUCCACCUCUUCCUCCACCACCUCCUCUGCAGAUGAGGAACUCCAUCCCCAGCCUUCCUCACGGUCAAAGGAGAGGAAGGCACUUAGAAGAAGAAGGAAGCUGGAAAAAGCAACAAAGCAAUUGGUUAAGCAAGAAGAAUUGAAAAGACUUCAUAAAGCUCAGGCCAUCCAGAGGCAGUUGGAGGAGGUGGAGGAGCAGCAGAGGGCUACCGAGAUCCAGGGCGUGAGGCUGGAGAAGGCGCUGAGAGGAGAAGCAGAUUCAUGCACACAGGAUGAAGCACAGCUUUUGCAGGAAUGGCUUAAGCUGGUUCUGGAGAAGAAUAAAUUAAUGCGAUAUGAGUCAGAGCUCCUGAUCAUGGCCCACGAACUAGAACUGGAAGAUCAUCAAAGCAGACUAGAGCAGAAAUUAAGAGAGAAAAUGCUCCAGGAAGAGAGCCAGAAAGAUGAGAAUGAUCUGAAUGAAGAGCAAGAAAUACUCACCGAGAUGAUGCAAGUGAUUGAGCAAAGGGACAAACUGGUGGAUUCCUUAGAGGAACAACGCAUCAGAGAGAAGGCCGAAGACCAGCACUUUGAAAGCUUCAUAUUCUCUAGGGGCUGUCAGCUGAGCAGGACGUCAGCAGGCCCCACAGGGAGCAAGCUGACGACCAGAUCAGGCCAAGCACCCCACUCACUCAUUCCUCCUCUCACAGGUUGUUAGACCUGAAACAUAACUUAUACCACGCUGCAGUAUUUUUUUUUUAAUUAAGAUUCUCUCAUAUGUACUCCAGCUGCCUAAGAUACUUCCAGAGAUUAUAAUGAAGAAAAUAUAGAGAAUCUUUUGAAAUUGGCAGUCAACUUCAGCUGGUCUCUCAGAUUGGAGAUGACUUUGGCAGAUAAUCAGCAUUGUUUUCUAUAAAGAGUGACACAGAGAUCAGUUUUCCUGCUGCUUUCAUCAUUUCUCUUCCCAAUUCAUUGAGUUACACAUCUUAAGAUUUUUGAGAAGCUGCCUUUUCAUUACUAUAUCCAUAUUUGCCUUUUUUUUUGCACGGGUGACCGGUUUCCAAAUGUCAGAAAGAAGCAGCCGCCAUUUAAAGAUUAGGUUAAUAUUUAAAUUGUGCUUCCAGAGAAAGGGACAAAACCUUGAGAUUACUGAUUACAUAAAGCAAAUAACUCACAUAGCAGGUGUUAAUUCAAUCCAGGGUGAAUUUAAUUCACCAGGUGUAUUUAUAAGCCUUAAUAUAAUAUACAUAAGCAAUGAGCAUUUAAUAGAACAUUUGAGCCUUAAUUUUAUUUUAAAAAAAAAAGAAAGAAAAAGGAAAUGAAACUUCAACUUCAUACCAGCAGGAUUGUUAGUUUUCACCAAAUGCUGUUGGCUUAGAAAAGCUUUUCAUUUUUUUUUCAGAGUACUCUCUUUAUUUCCCCGGAAUAUAGUGAAAAACAGUUUUAGAAGAUGAAUAAUUUUUAAAGACAGAACCAAUAUUUUAAAAAAGAAUUUUGAAGUGCUUUUUUAUAUCUGCUGGUAAUGGCAAAAAGGAAAAUUCAUUUGUUGAUAAAAUAUUAGUGAGGUUGAUGCUGCUACUGAAAGCGAACAUUCUAGUGAUCAAGGGCGGAGGGUGCUUUUCAGUGGUGGUCUCCUUAGGUCCAAACAGGGAAGUGUCUCUGACACUCUCUACAGGGGCUUCCUGGAACUCCACAGGACAAGACAAGGCCACUUCUGCCUUCAAGGUGGAGUGAGGUGCAGUGGCCCCAUUCACCAAAUCCCAAAUUGGAUAAAGGAUUUUUUCGUUGUGGCAUUUUCCAUGGGAAAAAAAAAGCUGGGAGGUGGAGUUUGUACACUGACAUGGGAUUCCUGGGACAUUUUGAUGGUUCAUAUGGAAACCAAAGAAAAGAUUUUAAAUGGUGAUUUGUUGUUCUAAAGUAUUUGAUUAUUUUCCCUCAAUGGGAUUCUUGGAGGAGUCAGUCCAUCAUUGACAAGAGGGAGACUGAAGAAGUCAUUGUUGUUUGUUUAGCCUCUCGCACGUCUGCAAGUGUUUAAAUGUAUGUAUUGUUGGACAAAUUGUGCUUUGCAACUGCCUGGAGAGCUAACUUUCCUCAAUAGAAGUUGACCCAUAAGCCACUUUUGUCUGAGAUGCUCUCCAUACAUGACAAUCUGGUCAGCUGAUCAGGCUGGAACUUAGAAAUAUGCCUGUGUUUCCUGAGUCAGCCAACGUUCUGGGCAGUAUUGAGAUGCAACCUUUCCAUGGUAUACCAGGUUCUAAAGGUUGUGGUUCUUUUUCUUUCUUCUCUCCCUUUUUCUUUUUUAACAUGAUCAGGUCUUCUAGUGCCUGAAUUCCAUUAUUAGGAAAUAUAUGCAAGCAUCUAUUUCUCGCUGUCUCUGAAAACUGUGCCACUUAGGUCUAUUUAUCUAUUUUUAUUUAUUUAUAUAUUUGGUGGAAGUGGUUAAGGUGAUUUCCUCGUAAUUCUGGUUUUCCUGUGUUAGAAUUUGGAGAAGACCUAUUAACACUAAGCUAUUAGUAUAUAAGCUAUUUAAUAUACAAAUAACCCAGAGGUUUGGGGCAUUAAGUUAUAUAGUAUUAAAAAUUUAUGGAGAUAGUAAAAAUAAUACUUUCUGCCAUCAGGCAUUUAGAGGUAAGACUACAGAUGUACCAGAAUGUUAAUUCAUUUUAAGAAAGAUGCAUAACUUCAGUUUUCCUUCUAGAAUGGGUAGAAAUAUUCAAGCUUAGUCAUCAUUUGACGUUUGCAUAUAUUUAACAGAUGAUGCUCAAAUGUGUCAUGUCUGGGUUGGUUUUGUGUGAAAGAAUUAAGUGCCACUUAUUUUAACUUGUUCUAUUUCAGUCUUAAAAGAAGAUUCUCCCAAGAGGGCCAAAAAAAGAAGGUGGUUCUUGGCCCCAGUAUUCUGUUAAUAGAUGAGAGAAGAAAUUUGUUCAUUUUCUCUUCCAAAGAUUAUAUCCUGUGGUUUAAGGCUGAGUCUUAUCUGGCCAAGUUAAAAUGUAAACCUUAUAUUUAACAGCCUUCUCCUUACUCUAGCUUUCAGUUUUCCCAGUACUUAAAAACCAUUUUAAUGAUCAUUUCCAAAAGGACACAAAUAUUGUGGCUGUUAAACUAUGUUAAAUGAUUGCAACAGAGAAUGUUCUGAGACUCUCUAAAGGUAAAAUCUUGUACCAUUUGAAAAGUUUCUGUGUAGGCAGUAUGAGUAGAAUCAUGUUGAAAACAGAUGGAGCCUUCACUUUUCCAUAAAAUAACACUUGUGAUCAAGGCUGAACCAUUUAGGAUGAAACAGAAAGCCCCAGCCUCAGGUCAUAUUUCACAGUCUCACACAGCUUUUAAGUUGAAUGAAAGGCUCAUGAUUAAAAUUUCAGAAUUUUAUGUAAGUUGGACCAAGAGGACAGUUCUUAAAUUAAGCUUGCUCUCCCAAACCAUUCAUCUAUUUAUUUGUUUAAUAAACAUCUUCCAAAUACCCAUGGGAUUCAGCAGCCCUGUGCUAGGUGAAAAAUUCAGAAAUAACAUUAUUCCUCUACCCACAAGUAAACACAAAGAUAAACAAGUACAACUCCAAAUAAAUACAAGAAUAAAGAAUGGUUUUUAUUA